AUGGAUCGGGAAGCAAGUAGGCCCCAUUGCGGUGUCGAAGCUGCGAAUGUGAGCAAAGGCGAUCUUGCACGGCCAUACCUCAAGCAGAAGCCGAUUAAAAAGAGUAAACCACAAUCAACACGUGACGGUAAACACGAACUGAUUAAUGUCGCUGGGCCAAUGGAUUCCAGGAAAAUGACUCCAAUUCGGGAGGGCGGAGGUGUGCGAGAGGAUAGGAUUAGCCCUCUUCGAUCCAACCUCAAAGAGCAUCCUCCUGCCAAACAGAAGUUGGAGAAAGCCACGAACCAGGCAAGACCGGUAUUUAGCCAAAUUAUUUUCAUCAUCUGUCAAAUUCUUUCAACUCCCGCCUACAUCCCCUGUCCUACGUAUCUGCUUUUAUCGAUGGCAAAUUCUUUAGAUUCAACUUACGAUGGGUCCCAUUUUGAAGCCGAAAACAGAGGAGUUAGACGAAUCUACGCGCCUCGAUCGCGUGUGAUGCCCUCGUUCGCAGCCACAUGUAGGAUUGUGCGAGUGGGCGAGCGAACUGAGUUGUCGAGAGCCAGUUCAUUUGGCGCCUACAGGUCACCUCGUGUGCAGAGCAUUCCUCAGAGACUAUCUCCCACAGGAUGCGACAUAUCAGAGACUGGACCGGCGUGUAAGGGUGGCUUAAAAUAUCGCCCAGAACGCGAUCCCUUGCUCUCAGUUGCCCCCUUCUCUUUGAUUUCGAAGCUGGUCCGUGAAGUGUUUCAAGUAUUUAGUUUACAGGAAAACGAUAAGCUGUCACAGAGCCUGGACUCUCAUACGUCUCAAGACUUUGACUUCGGUUCUUGCAAGUCCUGCGAUGGUGGCGAAAAAAUUAUCUCGUCCAAGUCAAGCCUCAAUCCAUAUUUCGAAACCACUGUGCAGGUAACUGCAGGACAGAAUGAAGAAUCUACCGAUUUAAAGCAAUAUCGACCCGCUGGCGGAGUCGCCAUUUACACCCAAGCACCCAAGUUGCUGCAGGAAAUAAAAGAGCGCUCGAAGAAGUUACAUAGCUGCCUGUACGGGGAUGCGCAGUCCGAACACAGACCUCCAACUCCUCGUUCGGAACAACUUCUCCCAAGAAUUGAAAAGAACCUCGACGAUGUCCAGAAUCUGCCACCCCUUCCAGCCGAUUUGAACAAAGACCUUAGCCAUGCAUUGCCGUGUCUCGGGAGAGAACGACCGAAACGCACAGCACGUCUGCCCGCUCGUUAUGCAAAACGCAUCACCCAGGUGACUACAUCUGCCACUACCAACGAUACCCACAUUCCCAAUUCAGAUAACUCAACUGAAGUGUGA